AGACUUUUCAUCGCGCUAGUCCCUUCCGAAAAAUCUCAGGUUUAUCUUCUUGUUCUUCUUCUUCAUCGUCCCCUUUCUUCAAUAAUCGCUGGGUUAAACCCUUCAAACCCCUAAAUUCUCUCUCUUUUCCGCCGCCGCUGCCGCAGUUGGCUCCUCAGGCCAACCCACUUCGCCGGUUCUCUACCCUCCAUCGCUAUCGGGUUUCUUUGCAUUCAGAGAGGUCUGCAGUUGUGGUUCAACAGUUGGGUCAAUUAUUUCAGAAUCAUGGGGAGUACAUUUAAUCCUCAAAUUUUAGUGGAGAAGCUAGCAAAGCUCAACAAUUCUCAGACUAGCAUAGAGACUUUAUCACAUUGGUGUAUUUUCCACAUGAAUAAAGCAAGACAAGUUGUUGAAACAUGGGAUAGACAGUUUCAUUGCUCUCCACGCGACCAAAGAUUGGCUUUUCUGUACCUUGCAAACGAUAUUCUUCAGAACAGCAGACGCAAGGGCUCAGAGUUUGUCGGUGAAUUUUGGAAGGUUCUUCCAGAUGCUCUUCGUGAUUUAAUGGAUAAUGGAGAUGACUUUGGAAGAAGUGCAGCACAACGACUGGUUAACAUAUGGGAUGAGAGAAAAGUUUUUGGUUCUCGGGGCCAAAUUCUGAAGGAAGAGCUUGUGGGAAGACACACAGAAAAUAAUAAUAGAAAUGGAAAUGGAAAGCAAAUGAACACCAAAUUGAAACAUUCUGUUGGGAAUACUGUGGACAAGCUAGUUUCAGGUUAUCAGGUUCUUUAUGGGCAGAUGGAUGAAGAUGCAGUUUUGAGCAAAUGUAGGAAUGCUAUUAACUUUGUUGAGAAAGUGGAAAAGGAAAUUGGUGGUGAUAUCAACCCAGGGCAAUUCCAUGGAACUCCUAUUGUAGAGGAGCUGCAGGGGCAGCAUUCGAUUCUGAGGGACUGUGUUCAACAACUGACAGCAGUUCAAUCGUCACGAAGUAAUCUUGUUUCUCUUCUGAGAGAGGCUCUCCAGGAGCAGGAAAUUAAGCUGGAUCAAGUUCGUAAUCAACUUCAGGCUGCGCAGUCCCAUUCAGAGCAGGCCAAUAAUAUCUUUCGUCAAUUAGUAGGUCGCGACAAUGUGCACUCGCUUGGUGACCGUGGUCCAAAGGAAGUUCACACUUCGGUAGCUCCACAUACCUUUAUGGGAGGGGAUAAGGAGCAAUCUGCACCAGUAAUGUAUGCUCCUACAGCGUCUUUUGCUGAAAAAUCUGGACACAUGGAGGAAGACCCCCGGAAAUCUGCGGCUGCAGCAGUAGCAGCAAAACUAACUGCAUCAACAUCCUCUGCUCAGAUGCUCUCUUAUGUGCUAUCCUCCUUGGCAUCGGAGGGCGUCAUAGGCAGCACUAUGAAAGAUUCCUCCAGUGACUAUUCAUCCGAAAAGAGGCCUAAGCUUGAGAAUGAUCAGUCAGCAUAUGUACCAUCAUCUCAGAAUACUCAACCACUGCAAGUUCCAGCAUUUCCUCGUCCUGAAUCUCUCACUCACAAUGUCACUACCACAAAUCAACAAUUUAAUCCGAACGAUGCCCCACCUCCGCCAUCAUCUUCUCCUCCACCGCUGCCUCCACUACCGCCCCUGCAACAGUACCCAGUGCCCCCAUUUAUGCAGACCGCUGGGUCCAUAGGUAAUGUACCUCAAUUCAGCUACAGUAUGACACAACAGGCACCGCCCACAAUGCCUGGCUAUCCGAAUGUUGGGGGGGCUCCUUUGAACGGGGUCUCUCCCUACGCGACAACCUCAUCAAAUUCUUAUCAGGGUUUCCAGGGUCCGGAUGGUAACUUCUACAACCAAGCAUCAUCCAUGCCGAUGGCACCAAUUUCUAGGCAAUAGGAUGACUUAGGUCCAUAGCUGCCGGUAGAGAGGGAGAAGGCGCUGUUGUAGUGUGACAUGAAGAAAAAAUCAAGUAUUUUGUGAAGCUUCAUUUUUCUCCCUGCUUUCAUUUUUAGUUGUUGCUGUCAUGUGAUUCUCUUGUUAUACACACCUCUUAGAUUUUGCACAUACAUAGUUAAUGUAGUAAUGUUUGUAAUGUAUGAUCUUAACUGCUGCUGAUUUAUGGAUUUUCAAUACAAAUCUUUGCAAUA